AUGUCAUGCAUGACUCAGUGUCCUCCAACGGCUCCUAUAUUCGAGCCCAUGAAAUACUCCUGCGGGGCAGGUUCAAAGCUCUCUCCCGAAUUAACGGUGCGAGAUGAGCAGCAGUAUGGCAUGGUACAGCCCUCGACAGAAGUUGUCAAUUCGCUUAGGCCGGAGCCACUGCAAGAGAAGCGCGAAACCCGUGGAAGCCCGAUUCCUGAAAUCAUGGUCCCCCAACAAGAUAGUACGAAAACUGUCUCCGAGGCCUCCGAUAGACUUAAAGAGAUUGGCAAUCCUAAUCCGGCCAAAUUCCCACUCAGAGAUUGUCUUGUACGAAACUCACAAGUCCAAAAUAGCUCAACCGAGGAAGCGAUGGUGGACGUAAAAGAUGCCCCAUCACCAUCUCACGACCUGAUGGAAGCACCUAUAGUGCCGAAAAAGAGCGUGAAACGGGGUGGGAACUAUACUCCGCAGGCCACCAGGUCGCGCACUGAACAAAGCAUCGAGCGGCCCCCCGAGCUGACCCAACAGCUUCAGAGCACCGAAAUGAACCUUGAUUCCUAUGAAGAUCGUUGUGUAGGACAAACCGGCUUCCUGGUCCCGCUCGAUCCACGAAUGGAAAAUCUUAUUCUGCCUGGCUUGAAUUCCAGCAUUGACUUCAAUAAAGUCAAUGAACUCACUACACAACGUGGGACAGAAGACACUAAUACUAGUGUCGAAAAUCACGGCAAAGAUGAGGUGCGGAUGCAUUGUGAUGCCCGUGUCACGGGCUACGAGCUGGAAAGUUACAACGGGCAUAUCGGAGUGAGACUACCGCACGCUGCGAAGAGUCAUCCGAUAGAUAGAGCUAGCAAUAAUAAUAAUGUACCAGGCUUCCAGAGGGAGAUCAGACAAAGCUUGCUGUCAAUCGGUCACAACGACCCAGGAGUGCUCGAAAGUUCUGGCGUGCUCGAAGAAGACUAUGCCACAAUGAAUCAGGAGUCGCUUUCAAAGCUUGCAGGCGUCUCAAGAGAUCUCAUGUUUGAGGAUUCUGUCUCAAAAAACGCCAGAAAUGAGAGACAGAGCCAGCCAGAGUACAACAAGAGGAACAGAGAGGUCGCCUGCUACGGGGCGGAGAACCCAGUGUCGCCCCAAGAUCUUCCGACACACUUGAUGGAACUAGUGGAAGCUUCUAUGUUGAAACAGACCGUUGAUGAUGAAAGAGGCAAAUCUUCCCAAGAUGGCUCACUGGAGAGUGUCAGUGAACAAGGAGAAGAAGAAGGCAAGAAAGAGGAUAAAGGAACCAUUUGCUCAGUAGAAGAGAGACUGAACAAUGACUUGGCGAUCGUGGCAGUAUUCAAAGACAUUCCAGCGGCCGGAAGUCCGCAACGAUCGAUUCGAAACAAGCCUAUGAGCUCUAUAUUUGAAAAUUCAGACAGUGUUUCACUGGGAGGAGCUGUCUCCCCGAGAAUCGAACCAUCCCUGGCCCUUAGCGGAGCACGAUUACAAUAUGAUAAUGCAGCAGAUAGCCCGGCCAAUGUCGAGCUUAGGCGCCAACUGGAACAAAGGUCCCAAGAAUUAGAAAAGGCGAAGGCCGAGUGCACAUCUAUCAACAACCUCCUACAAAAGGCAUACGAAGAAGUGCAAACUGAGAGGUGCCAUAUUAUGGACAUUAAAAAGCAACAUGAAGUUGCGUUAAAUAGAUUAAGAAGUGAGCGGCAGUUGGCCGAUGAAGAACGUGAAUCCCUAAAGGCAAGUCUGAGCGCAGUUUGGGUCCGGGUGUCCACAGCUCCUGUCAAUUGUUCACCUGAUCAAGAUAUCUCCGCAGCAGUCAAUGCAUAUCUCAAUCGAGUUGUGAGUGAGCGAGCUGAGCUAGAAGAGCAACAUCAGACAACUAUUCGAGGGCUUGAGGCUUCCCUGCAGUCCAUUCUUGCUCGUCACCGGUGGGCCUGCCAGGUAAACGAAGCAGACACAGAACAGUAUACGCUAGCGGGUCCUCUCGCUAGUACGGUUAGCAAGCUCGCUUCUCUAUAUGAUGAGCUUCAAAUGAGGCAUGACGGACAUGUGAGAAAUUUCCGAGAUUCGUCAACACAAUGCAGUGGAUACCCGCGCGGAACUAAUACUGGUGCGACUCACGGAUUCGAACGGCAGUCAGCAGAACUACAUGAACUCCAGGCCAAGAAGUCAAACCUUGAAAGGGAAUUGCGGAGCUUGGAGAUAGAAUACAACGUAGAGGCAGCCCGAAGGAAGGCUGAUCUAUCUCAACCUACUGAGCAGAGUGAAAGCGAUGCGCUACACCAAACACGGCGAGAAGUUCAGAGUGCCGACUUCCAAACUAGAUUCGGCACCCCUGUAGAGAUUGCGAAAUAUCUUGAUAUCGCUUCGGCACACCAAGACUUAAUUGAGGAUAUUCAUGCAUCCUUGGAGCGCGCGAAGCAAAUUGAGGCUCUUGGUAUGUGUAACCUGGAGAAAAGAGCAAACCCUCGCGAAAUGUUAGGACAGCUGGAUGCGGCAUAUGGUACACUCGACAAACUUUAUAACGAAGAGAAAACUCGAUGUUCGAAAGUCAGGCAGGAGCUUUCGAAACUUAAUGAAGCGCAUGCAUCCACGUCGGCGCAACUGAACGAGGCCAGGAAAGAAUGCCAACAACUAUCAGAAGAUGUAACCAGAUUCAGAACCGAAUUGCACCAGAAGGUUUCGACAACGAACAAGCCCAUCCGCCGGCCCGAUAGCGUCGAGCAGGCACCAACGGGCACGUCCACUAGCAAAGGUGGCUUGGGUAAGAGUGGCGUCUCGUGUGAAAAGACCAUGCAAGACUUAAAGGCCAUCCGCGGCGACAUAAAAGCCCUCCAAAACAGCUUCAUCACGAGAGGCAUUAAACAGCCAGACACAAAGUGUAUACAGCCAACUGAGCCGAUGACGGACGAGAUACGCGCGCUGAAAGCGCAGAUGUUUGAAUGGUUGGACUUUUGGACCCGGCAACAGGAAUUAUCGUACGCAAACAUGAAUAGUGAACGGAUUCGCCGACAUAGUGUUGGGUGCAAGCAAGUCCAAUCCUCCACCUAUGAAAGAAAGAUAUGCAAACUUGAAGAGAACCAAGAGCAAUUGGAGUCUCGUCUCGCUCUAGUGGAGGCGGGCUUAAAGGAUAAGGAAAUAACAAAACAAUCGAGUCUUCAGGCCUUGGAGUCGCACGAUUUGGUGUAA